AUGGUCACCAGCCCGCUUCAUCUGGGCUCUCCAGAGUAUCUCGAGCGAAUGUCAAGCCCCGACUACUCUGCGGGUGACGACUCUUCUCCAGACUCACCAAUCCGCUCUCAACCAGUUCUCUACCCUUCUGCUGUGACAACUCCACGCUCCGACCAGCAGCGCUUUCAGACAGAUACAAACAUGAACGCGCAUAACUUCGCUCAUGAACGCAUGAUGAUCGACAACAUCCAUAGUAAAGAAGCCACACCUAUGCGCCAACGAAAACCAGAUCACAACAUGCAGCGAGACUUUCCCGAGAACGAGAGUCCCCCUGUACCCACUCGUCGGCACCGCAAACCCACAGAAGACACCAACGACAACAACAACUCCCCAGCAACCAGCUCAACCGCAAAGCCCACACCAAAGAAGACCAACAAGCGAGGCCGCCCCAGCACCAGCCGCUCGCUCACCAAGCCUACCACGAAAAACGACCCAAAAGCCAAAGAAGCACUAAUCCAAGACAUUGAAAGCUACUGGGGCAAAAACUUCAUAAAAGCCUACAUCCCCAAAUGCCACCGGCCGCUCGCCAAGCACAGCACAAGCGGCAAGCGGCUCGUCCCCCGGCGCUACGAAACCGAGCCCAAAAACUGGCUUCCGGCAACCCUCAAAGGCAUGCUGAUGAUAGCCCGGCAUACAGAUGACAAAAAGUGGCUGCGCAAGGCUAUUGGCGAUGUGGUGCGGUACCGCAUCAAGCACACGGGCAACCGCAAGCCGCAGCUCGUCACGACGGAUUUCGAUGUCAUUGACGAUAUGCUGGUGAAGGGGUGGAGUGUGGAAUAUGCGUUUGCGAUUCGGUAUAAGCAUUUGCUUGUGGGGCGGAAGGAGGAGCUGCGGGGAGAUGGGGAUGAGGAUGGGGAGGAGGAGGAGGAGGAUAUCGAGCAUAUUCUGCUUGUGAGCUCGAGCUCUGAGAACGAUGAGGAUGAAGAUGAGGAUGAGGAUGAGGAGAAUGGGGAUCGUGAGAAAGAAGACAACGGCGACGACGACAACGACGGCCUUGGACACCACUCCAGCACAAAUGCUAGAUCCAGAUUCUCCCCUUCUACUCCUCUCGAGCCCCGAAAAAAGAAUCUCAAACAUCCAUCAGCAUCAACACCACUCCACCAAACCGGCAUCCUACCUCCCCACCGCCCCUUCCAGCCCAACGACCAUGCAUAUCCGUACGGCGCCACCAUGGACCACUGGGGACGCCCCACACUGGGCUAUACAGGCUACCCGGGUUACCACAGUGAGCAGUACGCAGCAGGCUCUGCAGCGCGGCUCCGCGAGAAUGCGUAUGGAGCGCAGACGCACUCGCGGUACGGCAUGUUUCCGGCGCCGCCUGCGCCACAGGGCCGGUCUGCGAGGGGGAUGCUGCAUGGUAGAGUGGGAGAGGAACGUGGUGGUAACGGGGAAGACGGGGCGCAAGAUCAAAGUGGAGGUGAAGCGCGAGAAGAGUCCAUGGAAGAGGGAUUUGAGAGCAGCGGGAUUGUCGGGCGUGGAGACGGCGACGACAUGCGAGAUGAUGAUGAUGCUGAUGUCGAAGAUGAAGACGAUGAUGAUUUGGAUGCUGAACUCGCGGCUGCAGAAGCAGAGCUUAAAGUUGCGCGUCUGCGUGCUGCCAAGAAGGCGCGCAUGGCCAUGAAGAAGGAUGCUGGACGAUCGUCUGCAUGA